AAGCACUUUACAGUUUACAUUCAUAAAUAUGCCGAGUUCAUAUCAUGUUUAUAAUGAUAUGCAAUGCAACAGAUUGAAUUAAAAAUAUUAUUUUUCGCAAGAGCGAAAGAAUUGUCAAAAAAAUCUGAAAGUAAUUUAAUUUUAUCGUCAAAUGAGUUAACAUUUGAUGAAUUGUUAAAUAUUAUUGUUUCAAAAUACUCAUUAGAACCAAUUAAAAAUAUUUUGAAUUUAUCAUUGAAUGAAAAUUUCUGUGAUAAAGAUUCAAAACUUUUGCUUCGAUCGGGUGAUGAAAUUGCUGUAAUUCCACCGUUAAGUGGCGGAUAA